GCCCUCGCCUCCUGCCCCGUCUCGUCUCCAAGCAUAACAUCUCUUUCAAAUCCAAAGAGAACGAGAAGAAGAUGGGUCAACGCCUUAACAAGCUCACCUCUGGAGGCGAAGACUCACAGAAGAAGGAGGAGCUAAUGAAGGAAUGUUACGAAAAAUAUUUGAAAGACAAGACGGACUGCAAGCCAGGCGAAUUCUACCGAGCAAUAUGCGAUGCAGUGGAGAAACUGAAUUCGAAGAGGGGAUACACGCAGGUGAGAGCCUUAAAUGCGGAUGAGCUGGAAAAGCAAUACAAGCAUUAUUGCAAGGGUGAUAAGCCGACGGACGAGGAGUUCAGGAAGAUGAUGAAAGAAAUAUUGGAGGAGAAAAUAGAGGUGACGGGCGUGGGGUUGAAGGAUACGCUGCUGUACAUAUUUGGAGUGCCUGCCUCUGCCACCUUCAUCAAGAACGCCCUCAUGCCCUCCCUCGUCUCCAACGAAGUUCUCAUCCCCGGCUUGACUUCCCUCACCGUCCUCGUCCUCGCUAAGCUUAACAAGAUCUGACUUCUUCACUCCAUUUUAUAACUCUUCCCCCCCAUUCUUAUAUGCAUUCCUUUUCUUUCUCUCUUUAAUAAAUCAUUACUAUUUCAUUCCUGCUUCUA